GCUCAGCCGUAGCGGUGAAAAGAGAAAAAAGUAAACAAAAAAGCAUGCACACAAAAUCUUCAGCAUAAUCAUUAAUUAUGGGAAAACAUAAAAAGUUCUUGAAAUCCGAAAAAGCAAAAGUAAAAUUGAAGGGAACCAAAUUAAAAGCACCUCAAAAUGUAACGAAAACAGAUUUUAAAGUACGUAAAAUUGUCAUAACCGAACAAUUGAGAAACGUGCAAGUAAAGGAACCUGGAACAAGAAAAAUUCACAGUGUUAAUGAUUGCCUCGCCAGGUUGAAGAAUUCAUCAUCUGCAGAAGCUAUCAGCAACUUAAAGGAUAUCAUUCUCGGACAACCUGAAGACUUUCAAAAGCAUCUUGAAUCAAUAAUUAAAGUAGUUGCAAAUUUAUCAUUGAGUAUAGAGAAAAACGAUCGUAAAGAGUGUUUUAAAAUACUUGACCUAAUAUGUGCUCAAACAAUAGAACAGAAUAUGCGACCAUUCUUUCCAAUAUUGGUGACCUUUCUGAAGUGUGCGUUGACUCACAUAAAGCCAGCAAUUCAACAAGAUUCACUCUUGAUGCUCGAUGUUCUUCUUAAACAUGCACCACAAUUAGUCGCAUCUGAAAAAGAUAAUAUUCUUCGACCAUACUUGGAUAUGGUUUCAAAGAUGAGAUUUGAAGAAAAGCCUGAAAGAACUCUUUCACUUCAGUUGGGGAAUAAAAUCAUCAGUAUGAAGUGGCGGAAAAGUGUUCUUGAGCGUUUGAUUGUCUUCCUCAAGUGCAUUGCUACACAGGAUAAGGAAAAUCAAAAAUGUGCUUUAAUGUACCAAUCUCAUCAUAUUCCUGUAAAUCAAAAAGAUGAAUAUCUCGGAAAUCUUUACACACAACAAAUUGAAUUAUAUUUUCAAAAUAAUAUUCCAAUAUCAGCAAUUGAGAGACAUCUUAAGACAGAAAACAAUCAACAAAAUGCUUCUAACGUGAAAAUAUCAAAAUACAUUGAUAUGAUUAUGCCACUUAUGUUUGAGACUUGGGUGGAAUUAAAACCGACUCAAAAGUCAUCGGUUGAUAACGAAAAUUCUACAUCAAUUUCACAUGAGGACAGUAUCAUGUUGAGAAUAAUUAUGGAUAUCAUCACAGAAUUGUUUCGGAUGAUUGAAAGUACAAAUGAUGAAAUGAAACAAAAAUUUCUGCAGAAAAAUUUAGAGAAGUUUGAAUUACAUUUCGUUUCAAGUUUCCCUUAUUAUCAAAAUGAUUCAAGUCCAAAUUCACAAGAAUCCGGAGGACCACGAUGUUUAUAUCAAAACCUUUCAAUUAGUAUCAUUUACCUCGCAUUUGUUUCAAAACACAGACAAAGAUUUUGGAAACACCGGCAGAGAAUCUUUGCAUUCGUGAAGGAUUGCAUUUUGAAAUGGAAGUUGAAAGAUGUAGAAUUCAACAAACUUAUGAAAAAGUUUAUUCGUCUUCUUUUUUCUAACGAGGUUCGAAAAGUUCUCCCACACGAAUCAAAAGAAAUCUUUGACGAGCUCAUUCAGAAAUGCAAUGCUGAUCAAUCUUCUUAUGAUCCGAAACUCGCACUUGUAUGUGAAAUUAUUGAGAAAAGCAAAAGUGACAAAAAGGCUUCAAUUUAUGCCGAACUUGUUCCACAACUAGUUCAAGUUCUCAGCCAAAAAGAAUUUAUUCCAAUCCAUAUUAUAAAAACAGUAUCAACAUUAGCGAAACAAGGAAAUCAAGUUGUAUACGAGAACUUGGAAAAUACAAUUUAUGACAUAAUUAAACAUCUUUUGAGUGGCGUGAAAAUAUCUGGAAGCUUUGAUUCUGUUCCUCACACUUGGAGGCAUGAAAUCGCUAAUCUGAUUUUCUGGGUGAACGACAAAGAAAUUCUUACAAAAAUAAAUUUAAAUCUUGGAAACGAUCCAACUUCACGUUAUAUUCAAGAAAUAAUUAAAUUAAAACUCAAUUCAUGUUAGUCAUACUGAAAUUUAUUCAAAUUAUUUUCUGUAUAAUUUCCUUGAGCCGAUAAACUUUCGUUAGACUCGGCAUGGAAACUUCGGACUUGUGAAAAAUAAAACGGCGGGUACUUUGUACUGGAGCGAAGGUCAAAUUCUGAAUUUAAUUCUUCUCCAUUACGGCAAUGGAUAAUUUCAUAAUGUUUCCAGGUCAGCUUCGAAAACUUCUUCUUGACAGUGUUGUGGAUGUCAAGUUCAAGGAAAAAUGUCAAAUUGUCGUCAACUGCGAUAGUUUUUCUUUUGAAUUUCUGGUGAGAUGUUUGUUGUUUUUUAAUGACAAUGACGACGGUUGAAUCUUGAUAGUGAUAUUGUCCUUUCAUAAUUUCCCGAGAUUGCAAUGCGUUUGAAAUAUUUUUCAAUCGAUUAACACUCAUUUGUAGAUCGUCUGCUGAUGUCAUCAUGAGUAAUGAUCCAUUAGGUAGGAAACGUAUCAAGCGGAAAUAUUCAACUAUUUGAAGAGGUCGAUAAAAUUGAUCUUGAAAUGAAUUCUCUCCAUAUCUUUGAUAAUUAAUCUUACUAAUAUAGCAGCCAUUGAAGUUGACCCGAGACCGAGUCAUAAACAUUUCACGCCAAGUUGAUGAUGGUGAGAUGUUUGAUCCCCACACUUUCGUGCAUGCAAGUUUCCAAAUUUCUUGAUCACGAGAGAGAAGAUAAAAUCCUUUACAGACUCUUCCAAACCUUUCCAAACUUUUGAUGUCUAAGUCAUUGGAAACUAACCACUUGAGGAUUACUAGAAAGACUUCAACAGGCAAACACGAAAUGUGAAGAUUUGUUGAAAUCACUCCGGGACCAAAAUUUGACUCACAUAUUGCAACGUUAUUAAGAGAUAAAUCUCUUUGAAAAACUUCAGCAAGAUUCUCAAUAGUUUCAGUAUUUUCAUCAUUUUUAAUUGUCUGAACUGUAUUGCUGUUUGCCUUUUCAUUUUUUUGCUUUUGUUGAGAACUUUGACUGUAGAUUUUAUAUUCAAUGUCAGGAUCGAGUUGAAUUGCUCUUCUGUAAAGCCUUAUUGCAUCGAAACAUUUUCCUUUCCGUUCUAAAUCGACACCUUGCAAAAAGUAAGUUUUUGCUUCGUUACUGUUAUCUUCUUCUUGAGAACUUCCUGCUUGAACUCCUUGAUUAAGCUCUUGUCGCCAUUGAUUUCGAAAAUCACUCAAAACCUGUUCGUUGACAAUUUCCUCUCCAUUAUUUUCCAUUUAAUAUGUAUUAAUAUAUUUAAAAAAAAUUUCUUUUA